GACAAAUUCAAAAGUGUUAAUUAAGUAAGCCGAAAGUAUUCUAAGCUGUAAUACUUUUCUUUCAUUUUUACAGCAAAAAAAAAGCUUGUGUAAUACUAGCGUUUUAUUAUUAAUUUUAACGAGAUUUUUAUAGCAAAAUUUCACUUUGGCAAUUGUACUAGACAAAUCCUCUUGGCAUCAGGUAGAUUUUUUCUUGUUUCUUCAGAGCUGAUUUGUGUUUAAAGUUGUUAUGGUGAAUACUUUUCUGUAAAAGAUUUGCUACGUGCGCCAUCCCUAUCCAAAGAAAUGGAUUUCGAAGACAUUCUGAAAGAUGUGGGAGGAUUCGGAAUGUACCAGAAAAUUUUAGUCUUUGCCUUCCUCAUACCAUCAUUCAUCGUUGUACCAUGGUUCUCAAUGAAUUCCAUCUUCAUUUCAUCCACCCCAGACCAUUGGUGCUAUGUCCCGGAAUUAGCAUCUUCAAAUCUGUCAUUUGAAACUCAACAAUAUCUUAUAAGACCUCCAAGUGAUCGUAAAUGCUUGAGAUAUGAUGUAGAUUACUCAUAUAUUCUAAGGACUGGAAACAUUACUGUUGAUCAGAACUGGCCGACCAAAAAAUGCGACCAAGGAUGGCAAUAUGAUACUACUGAUUAUGACGCAACAUCUGUGACACGGUGGGAUAUGGUAUGUGGAAAUGCUCAUUAUGCCAGUCUUGUUCUUAGUUUAGUUUUCAUCGGUGAUGUUAUUGGAACACCACUUUAUGGAUUUAUGUCUGACAAGUGGGGACGUAAACCGACAUUCUUAUGUCUCGCAUUAGUAGUAGCCGUAACCGAAAUAGGAUCUGUUCUGAGCCCUUUUUUUGGUCUAUUCCUCUUCUUAAGGGGAGUUAACGGCACUACUAUGUCUACAAUAUAUACAACUGGUUUUAUCAUUCUGCUGGAAUUAGUUAGCCCAGGUAUACGAGCAAGAAUGAACGGUAUAUCCACGACUUCCUGGACAAUGGGUCUUUGCCUCUUACCCUUAGUUGCCUACUUAACCAGAAAUUGGAUACAUCUAAGCAUUGUAACAUCCACAGCUGCACUUUGUCUUCUUGUAUAUUGGAAGGUUCUUCCUGAAUCUCCAAGUUGGUUGAUUUCCCGUGAAAAAUAUGAAGAAGCAGCUGAAAUUAUGGGUAAAAUCAGCAAAAUGAAUGGAAAAACUGCUCAUGAAGGAAAUCAGCUUUUACAAAAGAUUCAGAAACUGGGUGAGAAGAAAAAAUUACAAGCAAAUGGCGAAGUCAAUUCCCCAAAAGAUUUCUUUAGAUAUCCUACUCUUCGCAAAAGGUUCUUGCUUGUCACACUAUGUUGGAUAGGAAAUUCUAUCCCGUACUUUGGUCUUCAAAUGAAUGUGAAAAACUUGGCAGGAAAUCAGUUUUUCAACUUUUUUCUUGUUUCAUUGGUGGAAGUACCAGCACAUUUCUCUACGUGGCUUUUCAUGGAAAGAAUCGGUCGAAGAUGGUGUUCAGUCUGUGCCUUUGCCUUGUCAACUUUUUCUUGUAUGUUGCCCGUCAUUUUGCCAGAAGAAGACUAUCCAAACAUUGGAGUGAUUGCUUCCUUAUUAGCUAAAGUUGGCACUAGUUCAGCCUUCAUGACGUUGUACCAACAAGGACCUGAGCUUUUCCCAACUUCGUUGAGGGGAAUAGGAAUGGGAAUGGCUUGCACAAUCGGAACAGGAUCAACACUCGUUGUGCCUUACAUAGUUUAUCUGGUUGAAUAUGGUAAAUUUAUACCUUUCUUGGCAUUUUCAAUUAUCACAUGUUUUUCUGGCAUCUGUUCUUCAUUUUUGCCAGAAACUUUAAAUAAAAAGUUGCCCCAAACUGUGGAUGACGCUGAAAAUUUUGCUACGAAUGAAACAUUCUUUUCUUGUGGAAGUCAAGAUUCAGACGAGUCUCCAAAUCUAAGCCCAAAAAUGGAAGAGAAAUGGUCUUCGCGAACAUUGUCGGUAGCUGACUUGGCUUGUGACAAUUCUGGUGGAAUCAUAGUAAAAAGGAUAACAGAGAAGAGGGAUUCAGUUUCAGCCUCAAUAGAUCUAUCAUCUUUAGAAAAUAAUUUAAAAGAGGACACAAAAUGAUUAUAUUUGAUACAUCAUCUUUGAAAGAAGUUCAAACGAGGACACUAAAUGAAAAUGUUUGCUACAUCAACCUUAAAAAGAGUUCAAAAUCGGGUACAAAGUUAUAAUAUUUCAUUUAUCAUUUUUCAAAAUUGUUCAAAAACAGGACAUGAAAUGAAUAUAUUUGUUACGAAAAUAUUAAAAAAGAAAUAUAAAAGCAAUCACUUAAUGAUAAUGUUUAACCUUUCAUCCUUAAAAAAUAUUCUAAAGUGAAUAUGGAGUAAUUAUGUUUGGUAAAUCAUCAUCAAAAAAAUUAAAUAAAGUUAUAAUAUUUGAUAAAUCAUUUGUAGAAAAUUUGAUUUUCUCGUUAAUUUUAAUGCAAAUAUAUUAAAGGUAUUUGAUACCAGUUGCAUUAGGUUAGGUUGUCAAGUUUUAAAUCAUCCCGAUAAAAAAAAAAAUCAUAAACUAGUAGUAGUAUAAGUUAAUUUUACAUGACUUGCAGUGCUGUAAUUAAUUCUUUUGUUUGUUUUAAAACAAAAGACAAUACGCAACUCACAAAUAGCACUUAUAGAUAGGAUUUUGAUUUUUUUAAGAGCUUUAUUUUUUAUAGUAAAUUUAUUUCAGAUUGUGUUGAAAAAAUUUAAGAAAAAUGCGGUCUAUUAUGCGUUGUGGUAAACGCAAACAACUUUCUUAAUAGCAAAUUUCUUAUCUGUCGCUUCAGACAGGGAUGACACAGGCGACUAAAGAUGCAAGAAGUGGUAAAAAAUUAAUUACUUUUUUAUUUAUUUAAUUUAUAUAAUUAUUUAAUCAUAGCUAUCACCAUGAUAUACAUUGUAAAUUAUUCAUAUUUAAAGCGAAAAAAUCACCUUGAUUAGGAAGUUGAAAGAAAUACGCUAGAAAAAGUUGUUACUUUUAAUCUCUUUUUUAAAAAAAGUUUGGAUUUCUUUUAAUCACUACUUUUUACAUUUUUUGUCGCCUGUAGUCCUAUUUAUAUGAUAAGUUAACAUAAAUGGUUACCACUCUUUGAAUAUUAGAGUAGUAUUUAACCAGGAUGAUCAUGCUAUAGUCCGUACAUGGUAAGAAGACGAUUGAAGGCCAAGCCAUGGUGCAAGUCUUUUGUAAAGAUAUCGGUUACGCAGAAUUACUAUUUUUGUAUGUGAACACGUUAAUUGGGGAAAAGGUGAUACAAAAAAAUUUAAAUGGUAGCAAAGUUUUCUAUCAUGAAAUGUACUUCUUUCUUCAAUAAAUUUGCGAUAACACGUUCCCAUUAGCCAAAAUAAUACUUAAGGUCUAAUACAAUCUUAGAAAUAUGGUAUCUUCUGGAUGAAGAGUUUUUAAACCGAAGUGGUAACUAAAUCUGAGAAAUUUGCAUUUGCUUUGCAGAAUAGUUUGUUAUCACUUGAAUAUUUUUGGCACACCACUGGGAGCCUUUGCGCCAAAUAAUUUUUUCUAGGAUAUUCACAAGUCUUGAAAAAGUCAUUGCUGGUAGUACCUUUAAAUUUACUCCAAUAGAAACUAUUUUUUUUAAGAUACCAAUUUAACAUUUAGUGAUCUGGUAGAUUAGAAUACGUCUACAGAAAUAUUUUUUUUGAAAAUAUAUACGUAGUGAUGAUAGCAAAUGUUUUAAAUAAUGGAGAUUCGUCUUCGUAUUGUCACCACGUCUUAGAACGACUUUAAUAUACAUUCUGCAACACUUAAUAAAGGAUUGGACAAAUUAAAAGAUACACUUCUAUUUAUAGUUACACUUCCAUUUAUAGAUACACUUCUAUUUAUAGAUACACUUCCAUUUAUAGAUAUAUUUCUAUUUAUAGAUAUACUUCUAUUCAUAGAUACACUUCUAUUUAUAGAUAUACUUCUAUUUAUAGAUAUACUUCUAUUUAUAGAUACAUUUAUAGAUAUACUUCUAUUUAUAGAUACAUUUAUAGAUUUACUAUCACCGUGUUAGCAAUCUUUCUUUUAGAAGUAAAUGUUUCGGAAGAUCUUUGAUGGUUGUUACAAUUUGAAAGAUGCAAAACUGUUGUUACGAUUUGAAAAAUCAUGCUUGAAGCUUUUAGAAGUAGUGUCAUUUUUACCCAUGAGAAAUUGGGCUUGACCAAUAUGAAGUGAGGAAGUUAAUAACUUCUUUUCAGUUUUUCUACCAGAAAUUUUGAAAUUCAUUCAGUAGAGUUUCAAUAAUUACGUAAGAAUGCUUUAGUGAUAUUGAAAAAAGAAAUAAGUUUCUAUGGUCGAUGCAAAUUUCGAAUGGGUGACAAAAAAGUCAUUUCUAAAGGUUUCAAGCAUGAUAUUUCAAAUUGUACCAAGAGUUUUGCCAUCUUCCAAAACAGUUGCUGAUAAAAAAAGAAGAGAUUGUUUACAUAGAAAUGUUUACAUUAUUUUGAUCGAUCUCUGUAUGUGGUUCUGUGUUAUGAUCUAUUACAAAAAUGGCUUCCCCACUUCGAAAUGACUUUCUAAAAAUCAAUCGUCAUCUUAAGGUGAUUGGACUAUACCAUGGAUUUAAUUGGAUUUUAAGAUCAAAAUAUAAAUAGGAUUUAUGUUAAAAAUCAUGUUCUAUAGUAGCAUUUUAUAUAAAAUAGCGUUCUUUAUUUAGUUUUUUAUAUUUUUGAAAUAAGAGAAGGGACAUUUAAUGUACUUCAUGAUAAUAUAACUUUUGUGUCUCAAAUAUCGGAAGUUUCAUGCAAUUUCCAAUUAAAUGAAAUUAUGAAAGCUAACACAUGACAAACUUUUUAAGUUUUUAUUCCGAAUUUUGUUAGAAAAGGUGAUUGAAAUGAAACGUUUAAUUAUUGUUUAUCAGUGACUGGGGUUCCCUAUCAAAAAGAAAAAAGUGAUGAUGCGAUUCUUUUUAGCUUUUACGCUGGUUGGAAAAUAGAUCGUAAUUAACAGUCUUUAAAAAUAGAACCACUUGAAUUAUUAACGUUCCCUAAUCAUCAAAAUAUUGUGUUUCAUUCAUAAGUUCAUUAAAAGUGUAAUACUUUUUGUAUUACCUUAUUAAAUUUAAUAGGGCGCUGCGAUCGCUAAAUCUAUGCAGCACUUGUCAUAUCGUCACACUCAAUCAGUGCUCACGACGUCCUUUAAAAUAUUAAUAUGUAGUAAAUGAUGUACUAUAAACUAACAAGCAAAAGUUUUAUGUUAAUUUAAAACCAACAAAAUAUUUAGCUUUCUAAUUUUUCUUUAAUUUUAAAAUAAUAUUGCUAAAAAUUUAUGGAAUAACUUUUAAAUUGUAAACAUGCCGUGGUAGUUAAAGUACCUAAGACAAAGAGAAAACUAUAAUUCUCUUACCACUGUUUUGUUUUUCAUAGGACAUUGCAAUCACUGCUCCUAUUUCAGUAUUUUCACUAACUUUGAAACAAUUUUAAUAGUAUUAAAUAAAGUAUAAAUGAGCAAGAAGUAUUACAGAGCUGGCCAACUACUACACAUUUUUCAAAAUAGUUCAUGGAGUGGUAGGCAAAUAAAAAAAAUCAUUGAUCAAAAUCGAAUUCUAAAGCAAUCGAAUUUUUGUUAAUUUUGCCAGCAUUAAAUCAAGUUUACUAAUCAAAAAAUAAUACAUUAAAAACAUAAACUUAGCUAUCAUUAGCAGGGCUACAAACUUUCAAUGCUUUUUGUAAAAAUGUAUUCUAGUGGCAGCUAUGUUUAUGCUUGAAUGUAUUGUUUUUUAUUCAUUUAAACUUAUUUUCCCCGCACCACUACAUAUAGAUUAUUUAAAAGUUUAUUUGCAACGCCACUUACUUUCACGUUUUUCGUGGUGGAGCUUUUAAAAUGUUGGCAAAAUUGCCAAAAUCUUUGAGAGUUUUGGUUUUGAAAGGUCUACCCCUCUAUAAAAUAUUUUGCAAAAAGCGUAGUAGUUGGCAGCCCUGCCAUUCGAAGUAAUUUUCCCAAACAGCGUUGAAAGUUGUCAGCUCUGUAUACAUAUUGAAGUAUGGAUCUUUGUUUGACAUCUUCGCUUCACCUUUUCAUCAAUGGAAUUUGAACUUGAAUGCCGCGCUUAAAACUUAUGUUUAAGUGCGUAUUGUUUGAGCUAAUUCGAAGAAUUGAGUAUUGUUAAUCAUUAAUCAAUAUUCUCAUGUUUUAAAACAAUGUAUGUAUAAUAAUACAAAUGUCAAUUUUAUUAAACACUGUAUAAUUUAUCAUAAAAUAAUCAAUGGAUGAUGCAUGUGCAAUUCUGUUAGUUUAAUUGACUGAUUUCAUAUCUCAUUGGUUUUAAUGUCAAAUUAUUUUAUUUGUAUUUCAUUUUUAAUAAAUGACAUUUGCUGUUA